GCCCGCCAGUGCUGGCGGUGUUGGCAUCGGCUGGAGCAGGUGUGCGGGCUCAGGAUGGGGCGGCCGCGGUGAGGAGCCCUGGACUCUCAGGCACCCCCCAUCUCAGAACCACAGGAGGUGACACCAGGAGCCGGCAUGAGCCCAGGGACUGAACUGCUGUGGCCCGGGGCUGCACUGCUGGUGCUGCUGGGGGUGGCGGCCAGCCUGUGUGCGCGCUGCUCACGUCUAGGUGCAAAAAGGUCUGAGAAAAUCUACCAGCAGAGAAGUCUGCAUGAGGACCAACAGAGCUUUAUGGGGUCCCAGACCUACUCCUUGGUCGGGCAGGCAUGGCCAGGAGCCCUGGCGGACACGGCACCCGCAAGGAAGGACAAGCUGCUGCAGUUCUGCCCCAGCCUGGAGGAUCCAGCAUCUCCCAGGUACCAGAACUUCAGCAAAGGAAGCAGACACGGGUCGGAGGAUGCCUACGUAGACCCCAUUGCCAUGGAGUAUUACAACUGGGGGCGGUUCCCAAAGCCCCCCGAAGAUGAUGAUGCCAACUCCUACGAGAAUGUGCUCAUUUGCAAGCAGAAAACGACAGAGCCAGGUGCCCAGCAGGAGGGCACAGGUGGCCUCUGCGGAGAACACAGUCCCUGUCCCUCUGUGCCCCUGGAAGAGGAGGAGGAAUCCGAGGAUUAUCAGAACUCAGCAUCCAUCCGUCAGUGGCGAGAGUCCAGGAGGGCUAUGGGGCAAGUCCAGAGAGAAGCAUCCCCUGGCCUGGCCGGCCCAGAUGAGGAGGAUGGGGAACCGGAUUACGUGAACGAGGUGGUGGCGGUCUCAGAAGCCUAGGAUAGACCCAGAAGGAAGAAGCCAAGGCGAAGAGCACAGGGGACCGCUGCGCUCCCGGACCUGUCGCUGCCUUCCGAGGACCAUUUCCCAGAGCUACUCAGUUUUCAAGCCCACUGCAAUCACAGCUCCUGGAAGGACCACCUGGCCAUGGACACACAGCCCGGGAAAGGACAGUUACUCGUGGGAGCUGCAGCCCUGCCACCAAGCUGUCGCUUUGCGGGGCAGGCACCUGCUGCCGAGGGUAACCGGGCUCCGGGUGUGGAUGAUGGAUGCCCAGGAUUUAGGAUAAGCUGUCACCCUGUCCCCGUAACCAAACCAUUCUCCGACACUGGUAUCUGUGUCCUUUUUUUGCUAUGAAUUUGGAUUCCUAAUUGCUACUGUUGGUUGCUGGGGUUUUUAAGGAUAAGCUUGGACAGUUAACUUAUAGAGGGGGAGCCAUAUUUAAUAUUCUGGAUUUAGAGAUUUCUGUCUUGUCUCUUAGAAAGCAUUACAUGUAGUUGAUUUCACCAUCCUGGGUAGGUGGGGCCCUCCCCUUCCUCGGGGCCUCAGUUCACUUAGGAAGAAAUGAGGCUGCUGCCAUCUUUAUGAACUUCCAGUGGGAAUGUCAAUUGCUAAGGACUACAGCACAGUUCUAGAGCCUAGAGAAGCACUGACCAGAACGGAGCGCAGCAGGGCCUCGCCGCGGCCCCCAGUCCUCCUCUGCUCCAGGGCUGGCCUCUGCAGAGCUGAUUGGACAGUGAUGUGACUGUCUCACGGGAAGAGUGUGGGCCUGAAGGGACCUUCUGAGUCAGAAAUGCUGCCAGAAAAAGCGUCUCCUCCAACCAAAUCAUCUCAAUAAAACCGUUUUAGUUUAAAAG